AUGCCGUUUGUUGGCGGCGACUCUCCGCCUCCCGCUCGUAGCAAGCGGCGAUGGCAGGACUACGACAAUGAUGACGACAGCAACAACAUCUUUGCGCUCUACAGCUACAACGUCGACGAAUCCUGCUCCUUUGGUGGCAGCCACCACCCCCCUUUUGGCCUCUCAGCGCGGAGAAUGGCCGCGCCCACGUCCAAACGCACGCGGCUCGACCACGACGACCCAGCAGAUGCCACCAGCAAUAUCACCUCCUCCGAACUGACGCCUCGCCACCGCUGUCGACCCUCGCAGCAAGCACAGAACAAAAAGACACCGCAAAUCUCCUCUACCUCAGCCUACCAGCACCGGCCGGCGAGGAGCGUCGUUCUCGCGCCCUGCCACAUCUGCCUUCGCCGGCCAACUAAGAAGUCGGACCUGGACUCGUUUGCGCCGUGCGAGGGUUGCUGCGCGCAGACGUGCUUUGUCUGCAUCCGCCAGUGCCAUGGACGUGGGGACUUGGCGUCGGUGCUGUCCGAGCAAUCGGCCCUGUCACGCUCGUUUUGUAUGGAGGACGCCGACGACGGGCCUGCCCCGGCCGACCCUGAUGGCCGGCCCCCGACCGAGCCACCACCAGAGCUGCCGACCCAGGCACAGACGAGGCAAAAACAGCCGGAAUGGGCGGCCUGCGGACACCGAUCGGUGGUGUGCAGUCGCUGCUGCGUGGAAAAGGGACCGGAAGGCGAGGUCGUCUGCCUCGGGUGCCUGUUAGGGGAUAAUGCACCUGAGGAUAUUAUGACAUUCUGA